AUGGAAAAGGUAGAGAGGUUACGAGCUCUGCAGUGGCUCACCAUGGCCACUCGGAGGACACCCUUAGUCCAAACCAGCUUGGUCAAAGACUUUAACCACUUCAUUACCUGCUACCUGUGCAGAGGUUACCUGAUCAAACCCACCACGGUCACUGAGUGCCUGCACACAUUUUGUAAGAGCUGCAUCAUCCAGCACUUUGAAGACAGUAAUGACUGUCCCAAAUGUGGCAUUCAAGUCCAUGAAACGAACCCUCUAGAGAUGCUAAGGUUGGACAAUACUCUUGAGGAAAUCAUUUUCAAGCUUGUGCCUGGAUUACGAGAAAAAGAGGGACAGCAGGAGAUUGAUUUCUGGAGGAAGAAUAAGUCAAAAGAAAAUUCACAAGACGGCCGUGGGUCUAAGAAGCUUGGGCUCAGUGAUGAGGAUGGUGAUGAAGAUGACCAGGAUUACCACAGGAGCGACCCCCAGAUAGCCAUCUGCCUCGACUGUCUCCACAACAAUGGCUAUGCUGCAGACAACACAGUGAAGUGUUUAAUGAAGAAGUUCAUUCAUUGCUCUAGUCGAGUCACGGUGGGAACCAUCAAGAAGUUUCUCAGUCUAAAGUUAAAGCUUUCUAGCUCUUGUGAGCUGGAUGUGCUGUGUAAUGGGGAGAUCAUGGGGAAGGACCACACUCUGGAGUUCAUCUACAUGACCCGCUGGAGGCUGCACAGUGACAACAGAUAUCCCAUGGUCCUGGAGUACAGGCCACGAAUAGACUUUGGCUGA